AUGAAGAUUCCUUACAACUGUCUUCAUACACACAGAAACGUCCUGUUUGCGGCACGGGGUGGAAAGAUUCACACCUUCAACCUGCUAGACGGCGCUCACAUCGCAAGAUGGCAACACCCGGAACUACAGACAUGUAUAGUGGCAGACGUCGAGGCUUCAUCAGCGGUAGAACCAGGACAGCAAGAUGCAGACGACGCUGUCGUGGCCGAUGAGGAGGCGCAGCAGCCGCCUUCCAAGCGCCAAAAGGUGACCACAGGUGAUGGCGGACACCAAAGCAAUGACGCGGAGGAAAAGGCGGGUGGCAAAAAGGCGCGCGCCAAAGAGCAACGGAAGCCCAAGCCGAUACCGGUACCGGAUCGUCCUACAAUCAUCCAAUUGGCAACGACCAGUGAUGGAAGCCACCUGGUUGCCGUGUCGAGCCAUGACAAGGCGGUGUGGGUUUUCAAGCACGACGGCGCCGGCCAGCUCACCCAGCUCAGCAAGAGAAUCAUGCCAAAGCGGCCUUCGGCCAUCACAGUGUCGCCAGACUCGCAAAUCCUCGUCGCCGACAAGUUCGGCGACGUCUACGCCAUUCCCCUGAUCAAGAGCUCCGAGCCAUACGUGCCGCCCCCCAACGCCUCCUCCUCCACUGGGCCUCAAAAUCCCGCUGCCACCGCGCAGCCUGCCGCCACCGUCCUCACCGUGCACUCCAAGGGCAACCGCGCCGCGCUCGCCGCGCAGCAGCGGCAGCUCGAGAAGCCCACCGAGGCCGUCCGCGCCGAGGGCCCGGACUUUGCGCACACGCUGCUCCUCGGCCACGUGUCCAUGCUCACGGCGCUCGUCCUCGGCGAGGACGCGCAGCGCCGGCGGUACAUCCUGACGGGCGACCGCGACGAGCACAUCCGCGUGUCGCGGUACGUGCCCCAGGCGCACGUCAUCCACGGGUACUGCCUGGGCCACAGGGAGUUUGUCGGGGCCAUGACGAUCCCGCCAAGGCGCAAGGAGCUCCUCGUUUCUGGAGGGGGUGAUGAGGAUCUGCUGGUGUGGGACUGGGUCAACGGCAAGCUCCUGUCGAGGACCAGCAUCGUGACGCCGGCCAAGGAAGUCAUCCCGCAAGCGAGCGCCGUCGCCGUGUCCAGGCUUCUCGCCCUCGAGUAUCCCGGCGAGCAAGGCCCACAGACGCACAUUGUUGCGAUAUGCGAAGGCAUCCCUGCCGUCUUCACGUGGCAGCUUCUCGAAGACAACACUCUGACGAGGCCAGGCGUCAUCCAGCUCCCGGGAAAGCCUCUGGACAUCGCCGAGAGCCCAGCCAGCGACGACACCGUGAGCCUCUCUGUCGCGCUGCACGUCCCGGAAGGUUCGAGCGCCGAGGCCGCGCGCAGCCUACACAUCAUCCGCCUUAUGGUCGACGAUGGUCGCCUUGCCGUCAACACGAUUGCGCCCGUCGGCGACGAGUCGCUGGAGAGUAGUGAGCAGGAUGUCGUGGAGGAGGAUGUCCGGACGCUGUUCUACACUGUUGAGCAUCUCCGCAAGCAGCAGGCGAGUGGCCAGGAAGAGGGCGAGACAGAGCAGCAAGGAGACAGUGUUGCCGAAGAAUAA